AUGGCCGUUUGGCCGGAAAAUGGGAAGGAAAGGGCUGUUCUUGUUCCUGACUUAUUUCGCGGAGACGUAUGGAGAAAAGACCGGCCAAAGUCCAUGUUUGAAUAGUGAAUUAAGAAACAAGAAGCCAGCAGGAUUGUGGAAGAUAUUGCCACAAUAGCAAAAUGGAUGGUUGAUGAACUUUUAGCUGUAGGAAUAUCAAUGAAGCUUGGCAUAAUUGGAUUAUGCUAUGGAGGAGGCUGAGUGGUGGACAUGCUAUCCGAAGACCAGGGAUCUUGUUUUAGCACUGGGGUCCCUUUUUAUGGCACAAGGAUUGAUCCAUCUAUAGCUUAAAAGGUGCCAGUACUAUUUAUUUCAGGGGACGACGAUCCUCUUUGCUCAGUUGAUGUCUUGAAAGAUCUCGAGAAGCGCAUUGGUCAGGGAUCCAAGGUAGUUACUUUCGAGGGAAGAGGUCACAGCUUUGCACAUCGUCCUAACUCGCCCGAAGAAGAUGAAGAUGCAGAGCAGGCUUUUGCAAUUAUGAGAAAUUGGCUAAAUGAUGGUUUGGUUUAAGAAGAUUGAUGAAAUUUUAUGUAUGUUCACUGUGCAUAUCAAGCCUUGCUGCAUCUAUUAAUGAAGAAAUGGUGAAAUUUCCAUCACUCCAUAUAUCUGAUGCUGCAUCUGAUUUCUUUGUUUCAGGAGUUUGUUUGGCUGCUGCUUAAACGAAAGAACUGACUCGAGGAAGUCAUCUACUUUGUCUAUAUUUUAGUUUUGUUGAGUCUGAAAUGUAGACUACUAGUAAAGCUAGCAUUGCAGGGCAGUGAUGUUAGAAUUCUGUAUUAGGUUUAUCAAAAGAAGGGAAAUAAAACUUCAU